AUGUAUGUGACAAGGGCUCUUUCAAAUUAUAGGAGGAACGCGGUCGAGCUUUCGGCGGCGGCACCACCGCACUUGGGUAUAAUGGUGUUGAGAGGGCGAGAAGGGGCGGAUGCAGAUGAAGGAAGAGGGCUUUUCCAAAACGGGUACGCGAAAGGAUUAUUAAAGAAACUCCCACUGCCUUCGAACGCGAUGCUUAUCAACACAGACUCGGAUUUCGGAGAGUAUUUCUACUUCAUCCCUGUUCUUCAUCAACCUUUGUCUUCAAAUCGCUACCAUGUCAUCCAUGCUGAUGGAAAAUACAAAGGUUACGUUGCUACCAUUUGCGGAUGGGAGUUUGUGUUGAUAAGCAUCACGUUCAUGCUUGACCGGAAUCUCAAGGGUACAUCACUUGCAAGAAAUGCUCGAGGGCUCGAUGACUCGAUUCGGUCACGGCUUCCGGAACUCAAUUCUAGGACAAACAUGAUUACCGGGAAAUGGUAUACCCCAUUCGUGUUCGUUAAAGAAAGUAGCAUGAUGAGAGUUCAAAUGGAGAAAUCAUUGUUUUACAUAGUGACAUUAGAAAAGUUAUGGGAAAAGAUAUGUUCAUGGGAGAAUGAUGGGAGUAGUAAAGGAGAUGUUAUGACAUUGAAUGUUGAGAUAAAAAGGGAAAUUGAUUUCUUGUUUGGGGUUGAAGUUUUGGGAGGGAGUGAAAUGGAUAAUGAAGGGUUUGUUUGGUUUAGAUAUGGUGAUGAGAAAUUAGGGUUGAGUUUGGCGGUUUUGGAAGGAAUGAGGUGGUUGGAAGAGGUGGUGGGGUGGGUUGAUGGGGUUGAGAGGGUUGAAAGAGUAGUGGAGAUUGGUGGUGGGUGGAGGAGAAUUGAUUGUUAUGUUUUGGUGGAGAGGUUUGCUUUGAGAAGAAUGGAUGGGACUUUGGUACUUAAUUGUGAUUUCAGGCAUACCCAUGAUUAUCAGCUACCAACUCUAGUCCAAGAAUUUGUCACUCUCCUAGUUCAGUCCAACAACUAG